CGCGGCGGCGGCAGCAUUAUUAGCAUGAUGUAUGGAAAUCGCGAGGGCACGCGCGGGCUGGCUCGAUGGCGUGCUUUGGCAUUUUAUCGGCCGAAAAGUCACAACAACGGAGGCGCCCUCCACAUGAUCACGAAUGCUGCAGCUUGGGGAGCAGAACACCGACCGCCGGUUGUCCUUACUAGAGAGCUGUACGCUCGCACCAGAACCACAAUCAAAACAGCCAAACACCACGUCGUUUCCCAGGAGUAACAGAGUGCUCCAUCCCAAAGCAAGGUUGAGCAUCCCAGUAUGGCCACCAACAUGCGUGCGAUCCACAUCAAGGGGGACAAGGGCCCAGCGAGCGCCCUCUAUAUCGGAGAAGCGCCCGCUCCAGCCCUCCAAAAAGGUCAGGGAGCGAAGGAAGAUGAGGACAAGGUGAUUGUGAGGAUCAAGUACGCUGGCAUCAACCGAAUGGACACUUUGCAGAGGGAAGGCAAAUAUCCGAUUCCCCCAGGAGCGUCGCCCAUCCUAGGCGUCGAGUUCUCAGGCGUAGUGGAGGAUCUCGUACCCUCCGCAUCAUCUAACGACCCAACGACUUCCAACGGCCUCAAAGUAGGUGACGAAGUGUUUGGCUUGAACACGGGUGGAUGUUAUGCAGAGCUUGUCAAGCUUCCUGCUAGGAUGGUCCUCAAGAAACCCAAAGAAAUCUCGUGGGAGGAAGCUGCGGCUAUACCAGAGGUCUGGCUUACCGCUUUCCAAGCACAGCGGUGGAUAGCCAAUCUCCAGCCAGGUGAAGAUAUUCUGAUCCAUGCUGGAGCUUCCUCUGUGGGCCUCGCAGCGAUCCAGCUCGCCAAAUCCUUUGGAGCUCGGCACAUUUACGUCACUGCUGGAAGUCAGGAGAAGAUCGAGUCCUGUAAGAGUCUCGGAGCCACAGAGGGUAUCAACUACAAGACAAGUGUUUGGGAAGAAGAGCUGAAGAAGCUUACGUCUUCGCGCGGCGUCAAUGUGAUCAUGGACUUCCUGGGCGGGCCAUACUUUGGGCCCAACAUAAGAUCACUAGCGCUCGAUGGCCGGCUUGUUCUUCAAGGUCUGAUGGGCGGCUCACCAGUGUGUGAAGUGGAUUUGACGCAAGUGCUAGUCAAGAGGCUUCAUAUCGAGGGCUCCACCCUGCGAAGCCGCAGUCUGGAGUAUCAGAGCAGCUUGAUGCAAGAUCUGCUUAAGUCCGGAGUGCUUGAGAAGAUUGUAAAGGGGUGCGAUAAGCCGGGCAAAAGUGCAUCGGACGAGCAUCACCGCAUCGCCAUUCACAAAGUGUUCGAUUGGGCGCAAGCAAAGGAAGCGCACGAGGAGAUGGAGGCAAACAAAAACACGGGCAAGAUCUUACUCAAAAUUUCCUAGGCAUCUCGCAGAGAUGAGGAGAUGAGCAAUGCAAAUUGAAUUGUGACAUCGGG